AUCCUGUAUUGUCUAAUCUGUGUCUAUGGUUAUUUUAUUUGUCUUGUCCCUUCGAUUAAAAUAAUUAAAUUUUUAUCGAAAAUGGAUGAAAGUGUUGCUUUAGAUUCUUCUAAACAAAAAGAUUUUGUGAAAUCUGUACGAGGCUUGAAGAAAUUACUUAAGAAGGAUAAGAAACCUGAGACUGAAGUAAUAAAAGAUGAAACUAAAGUAAUAAAAGAUAAAGCCAAUGCAGUCAGAAAGGAAGGGAAAGUGAAAAAAAGUAAAAGUCGAGGUUUAGUGUAUUUAUCACAUAUUCCACAUGGCUUUUAUGAGCAACAAAUGACUGAAUACUUCAAACAGUUUGGAGUAGUCACUAAUGCUCGAGUGAUAAGGUCGCGGCGCACAGGCAACUCAAAGGGCUUUGCCUUUGUUGAGUUCAAAGAACCUGCUGUUGCAGAAAUUGUGGCUGAGACUAUGAAUAAUUAUCUUAUGGGAAAAAGAUUAAUUAAAGCUGCAUAUGUCCCACCUAAUAAGCAAAGGAAAAGUGCUCAGAGAAAAAAAUGGAAUUCACAAAAGAACCCAUCAAGUGAUGAAAGAUUAAUGUUCAAAAAGAAACACAAUGCUGAUAAAACUGAUGAUGAAGAGUUAAAAAUAGCAAAAAAGCUACUAUCAAAUUUAUCCAAAACUAAGCAGAAACUGAGUGACCUUGGUAUUAACUAUGAUUUCUUCAAGCCAGUUGAUGUUCCAGAAGCUUUGAAAGAUAAUGUAGAUGAGAUUAUUCCACAAACAGAAGUUAAACCUAAGUCUGAAGAAAAAGUAAAGGUAAUGAAAUCUGAACCUGAAGCAAUAAAGCUUGAUGUAAACACAAAUAAAAGAAAGAAUAAGCAAAUUGGGAAUAAAGAAUCAUCUAACACUAGCGAAACUUUAGUCAAAAAAAAAUUAGUUAAAAGUGACCAAGGUAAGCAGAAACAAAGUCAGGAAGGAAACAACAAAAUGAAUAAAAAACAGCAAAACAAACAACAAAAAGAAAAGGAACAGAAAUCACAGAAAGCAGAAGUAAAAAAGGGACCUGCGAAUUAUGUGAGCAUUAAGAAAUCUGAUGAUAGUGACAGUAGUAUUGAUUUUGAUUCUGAUGAAUUUGAGAAGAUUAUUGAAAGGGAAAAUGAUGAUGAAUUAUCAUCUGGUGAUGAAAGUGAAUCAGAAGGUGAAGAAAUACAAGAGAUAACCAAAACAGUUCGUAAGAAGACUGCUAAGGGCUCUAAAAAUAAGGGGAUUGGUGUCAAUAUCAACAAGCAAAAGAAAGAUGACAAAGAAAACUUAAAAACCCAUUCAGUAAAAAGGAAACCCGCUCAAAGUGCGCCAAUUACUGCUAAAAAGGCAAAAUUUGAAAAGCAUAACAGCAAAAGGCCUCUGAACCAAGUGAUCAAGAAACGAAAAUAAUACUUUUCUUUUCCUUUGAUUGUUUUAUAAAAAAAUUUAGA